AUGGCCAAGCUCUGGUUCAAAUUCCAGCGGUACUUCCGCAGGAAACCUGUACGUUUCUUUACCUUCCUGGUGCUCUACCUGACAGCUGGGAGCCUCGUCUUCCUUCACUCUGGUUUUGUGGGUCAGCCUGCUGUCUCCCAGAACCAGGCCAACCCCGCUGCGGGGGCCCCAGUGGAGGGCGCUGAGCUGCCCUUUUUGGGUGACUUAAAUCUGGGCAGAGGCUUCCGGGAUACAGGUGAAACCUCGAGCAUCGCCCGCAGGUAUGGACCCUGGUUCAAGGGCAAGGACGGGAAUGAGAGAGCCAAGCUGGUGGACUACGGGGGAGCCUGGAGCCGGGCCCUCAAGGGGAGGGUCAUUCGGGAGAAGGAGGAGGAGCGAGCUAAGUACAUCGGCUGCUACCUGGAUGACACCCAGAGCCGGGCCCUUCGAGGCGUGUCCUUUUUCGACUACAAAAAGAUGACCGUCUUCCGUUGCCAGGACAACUGUGCGGAACGGGGUUACCUGUAUGCUGGGCUGGAGUUCGGCGCCGAGUGCUACUGUGGCCACAAGAUCCAGGCGACAAACGUGAGCGAGGCGGAGUGUGACAUGGACUGCAAGGGCGAGCGGGGCAGCGUGUGCGGUGGCGCCAACCGCCUCUCCGUCUACCGGCUGCAGCUGGCCCAGGAGUCAGCCCGCAGGUAUGGAAGUGCAGUCUUCCGAGGCUGCUUCCGCAGGCCCGACAACCUCUCCCUGGCCUUGCCCGUGAUGGCUGCCAUGCCCAACAUGUCUGUGGACAAGUGUGUGGACCUUUGCACAGAGAAGGAGUACCCACUGGCAGCCCUUGCGGGCACCGCCUGCCACUGUGGCUUCCCCACUACGCGAUUUCCCCUCCACGAGAGAGAGGACGAACAGCUCUGUGCCCAGAAGUGCAGCGCGGAGGAGUUUGAGAGCUGCGGGACACCCAGUUACUUCAUUGUGUAUCAGACGCAGGUCCAAGACAACCGCUGCAUGGACAGAAGGUUCCUUCCAGCCAAGUCCAAGCAGCUCAUCGCUCUGGCCAGCUUCCCAGGUGCCGGCAACACGUGGGCUCGCCACCUCAUCGAGCUGGCCACCGGCUUCUACACCGGCAGCUACUACUUCGACGGUUCUCUCUACAACAAAGGGUUUAAAGGUGAGCGGGACCACUGGCGCAGCGGGAGGACCAUCUGCAUCAAGACGCACGAGAGUGGCCAGAAGGAGAUCGAGGCCUUCGACGCGGCCAUCCUGCUCAUCCGCAACCCCUACAAGGCCCUCAUGGCGGAGUUCAACCGCAAGUACGGCGGACACAUCGGCUUCGCUGCCCAUGCCCAUUGGAAGGGCAAAGAGUGGCCAGAGUUCGUAAGGAACUACGCCCCGUGGUGGGCCACGCACACACUGGACUGGCUCAAGUUCGGCAAGAAGGUGCUGGUGGUGCACUUUGAGGAUCUGAAGCAGGACCUCUUCGUCCAGCUGGGCCGGAUGGUCGGGCUGCUGGGUGUGGCUGUCAGGGAGGACCGACUGCUGUGUGUGGAGAGCCAGAAGGACGGCAACUUCAAGCGCUCGGGGCUCCGGAAGCUGGAGUACGACCCCUACACGGCGGACAUGCAGAAGACCAUCUCUGCCUACAUCAAGACGGUGGAUGCGGCCCUUAAAGGGAGGAAUCUCACGGGCGUUCCCGAUGACUACUACCCCAGAUGAUGGGUCGGAGCGGGGCGGGGAGCUGGCAGUCCAGACCGAGCAGGCCCUGGGGACUCCGGACCCCUGGGGGCCCACACCCAUUAGUCCCCUCUUCGAUCUGGGGACAAUCCCCAUGGCUGCUGUUGCCUUUCGCUGAGUUUCCUGCAUGACAAAGGAGGCUCAGGCGAAGAGACUGUGCAGACAUGCCCCGCCUACUCACACCGCGCCCCCAGAGAAGGAGGGGGCAACUGGGUUAGGGAGCUCUAGCCACGUGGACCCUUCUCUGUCUCCCGUGUCCCUGUGCCCACCACUCUGGGCUCCACUUGUGGGAAGGAGGGCUCAUGGGUGUCCCAGAGACAAGGGUGCCCCACCGCAGGUGUUGAGGACCCUGGUGCAAGAGCUAAAGAGAAUGACAUGGAAAAAUGUGGCCCAGACUCUGCUCCGUGCUGAGCUGAGCACUCGUAGCUUCCCCGUCUCUGCCCCGCCCAGGAAGCACUGACGCCAGGGUUUAUCCCAGCCACUUCUGUUUGAAGAAAGAUUGCUGGGAAGUUUCUCUGCGGCCUUAGGUUUCUGACAUUCUGGGUGGGUCAGGGAAGCAAUGGUGCUCAGAACAGGUUAACUGGGGCCACCGCGUGGGGUCACUGACAUCCCAAUCCACCCCCCUACCAGGUCACAGUGCUCCUGAGAAAUGACCCGGUUCCUGUCCACCUCGAGGGCUGGAAUUCUUCCCUUUCUUCCCCAGCUGUAUCCAGGUGGUGACCCAGGGUCCUCAGGUACCAACCAUUAUCUCACCAGGAUGGCCACAAGCCACGUGCAGAAUCGGAGCGAGAAUGAGAGCUCUGGUAACACCCCUCCCCACCGUGGGCUCCAACGCGUUGAUCUGACACUGCCCUUCUGACCCCUACCAGUAGGUCCCUUGCUAUCCAGGAGAGAGAACAAGAGUGCUCCAAAUCAGGUGGAACCAUGAACGAAAGGAACCCCCACUACCUUCCCAGACCAUAGCCCUCCCUUUGGUCAUAGGCCAGCUUCUCUUAGGGGGUUAAGGAACGGGGUGAACGGGGUGGUUGUUCAUGUCCAUACAAACGCUGCUCUUUUGAUGCUGAGACAUCAAACCAAAGGAUUCCCGAGGACCUGAAUCACUGAUCAUCUAUCUCAGAAAGCAUCGAGAUCCAGGAUCCCAUCUCUCCCCGCCACCUUGGGUACCAGUGAUUUCACAUCCAGCCCACAUUUGUGCACCUACACCAUCCCCCCACCAUGUAGGUGCAAAAGCCAUAGGUCACAGCUCUUUGCUAUUCUGUCUGGAGCAGCCCCCCAAGCAGCCACCUCUGAAGCCUUGGGGUGCAAAUAAAUGCUCAUUCCCAAAUAGCCAAGAGACUGUGGAGAAGGCGAGUGUAAAGAGAUAUAUUUUUCUAAGAGGACUAUGACUAAUACAUUCCACCCCUUCGAACGUGGCCAUGCAAAGAGAAGGGCCAGGGGAUUGGACCUGUGGUUCUCUUCCCUGAGCCCCUCAUCUGUAGGAUUCGGGCCACCCCGGGGCCCAGCCAGGGGGCUCUAAAUGUAUUUUGUACCGUGUUUCUUUCCCCCAGGCAAAUUUCUAGUCUUCUUUCACGAAGCAGUUAGAGGGCUCGGCCUCCCUUCCCUCUUAGAGGUCCGCUCUCUCUGGGAGACUCUGGGUCCAAGACCUGGGCCAGUUCUUUGCUGGUGGUCACCUCAGGCCACCAGCCUCUGUCUGAAGAUUCCUCAGGUCAACACCAUCAUUAAAAACAAGUUUUGUUGAUAAUUCUA